GACAUUUAUUUGACAUUUGACAGUAUAACUAUAAUUCCUUUAAGUAUUUAUCUUUGUAAGGAUAUAUUAAUUUAUAAUUAUAAAUGAAUUUACGAAUAUUAUCAAGAGUAUCAAUAAUUUUUCAUUAACAAAAUAAAUGUUUUGGUCGUUUCGCUCCUGAAUGUAAUACUUUUAAAAAUAGACACACAAGGAGCCGGAUGCACGGAAUAAAAAGCUUUUUUUAUCAAUUAUAAUCAAAUAAUUCAAAGUUUAUUGUGAGUAAUGAAUGAAAAUCGUAAAUUUGUUCGGUUCAUGCUAGUUUAAUCAUCUCACGCAAUGUACGGGACAAUUUUAGUAUGCCGAAUUUUUUUUUAUUACUAGAUUUGGAAUGUAAUUACUGUAACUGUAUUAUUAGUUUAUCUAAUUUGUAUAAACAAAUUAUAAGUACGUAAACAAAGUAUUAAAUUUUCUAAUUUAUUUUUUAAUUUGUUUAGUCGUAAAAUGAAUUGCUUGUAAAGCGGAUCUAGAAGAACUUUUAUGUACAUUUUUCAUCAAUAAUUUUAUCUUUCCAGGAUGAUCACCCUACUGUGAAUGGUGCACCAAAUGAUUGAAAACUCUCUCAAAAUUUGUUAAUGGGGUUCUGUUAGAAUAAAACUAAUUGUUGUUGAUAAUAUUCAGAUAAUUAUACAAAACAACAAAAAAUUGUUUCUCAAUAUCUUAUUUGUAAAUUUAAAUCAGACUUGUAAAUUCUUAUCUACCACAAUUUUUUGUAAACUGCAAUGGGGUAAGAAUAUUAGUCAAUGUUACUGACCCGUCAUGUUUGAAAUCUCACUAAUACAGAGUUGUCAGAGGCAUUACGACAAAGAUCUAAUUUAGAUCUGUAAAUAUGUAACCAUUCAUUGUUAAUUGGACUUAAUUUAAAGUCUUGUUAUUCAAUUAAAAUGUUGUUUAUGACAAUUUCUCGAUGCAUGAGAAUAUUUUUUUGAUUGGUUAUAAUUAUCUCUAGAAUUAGAAGAAAAAGGUUAGUAUGCAUUCAAUAAUAUGUAAUAAAUAUACAAUGAGGUUGUUGAUUCAUUUUUUCAAUCAAUAUUAUUGAUUUUUUCAAUAAAAAAUCUUUAUAUUUACAAAGGAUCACAUAUCUUUUAGAUGUUGUUUAACCUUCCAUUGACCUUCUAGAUUUCUAUACAAUGAUCAGGUGCGGAUUUACCGAUUUGCCUCCAGUAGGCUAUUUAUCUUUUGCCGCCUCUACUGUCCUCUGAAAUUCGAUGCUUUUGAUUGAGAUUUUGAUCUUUAACGGCAAAAAAUUGUUGUAGGACAUUAUUUUAGGCAUUUUUUACUAAGCAUUCGGCAAUUGUUCAUGUAGAGACUUUCAAGUAUAAUACUAUAUUUCAAUUUUUAUUAAAUUACUUCUAUUUAUGUAAAAAAUUCAAAACUCGACUUCUCUAGGUGAACAAUUUUGUUUUUUAAUCUUGAUAAUUAUAAUAAACAAAAAUUUUUUGCAUAAUUUGCCGCCCCUUGAAAUCAGCCGCCGUAGGUUACAGCCUACUCAGUCUUCUGGAAAAUUCACCACUGACAAUGAAGCUUAAGAAUAAAGUUUAUUUCAAAUAAACCAAUAGCUGUAAAUACAAAUAAUACUAUAUUUAGAGAAAACACAAUAUUUGAGACUUUUGAAUUUAAAAAAAAAUACAGGGUGUUCCGGGUUUAUUGUAAAAAAUUCGGGAGUGAGUAGAUGACGUGAAAGACCUUUAAAGUUCCGAAAUCAGAACUUAUGUUUGAAUAUAUUUCCUAAAUUAUGUAUUCGAAGGCCAGGGGCGGCUCAUGCCCAAUAAUUAACAAUCUGUAACUUCUACAGGGUCAAUCUAUAUAGCAGAAAUGGAUUUUUCAAUAAUCGGUUUUUAACAAAAAGAUUGUUUAAAUUGAUAAAAUUUGUGGUUUAGGAGAUAUGUACACUUUUAGAUCAUUGUACAUGCACUUCUACACACUUCUGGAGUCUACAGAGGAUAUUUCUUGGAACUUGGAAGAGAAUUCCAAGAUUCUACCUUAUAGCGUCACAAUCAAAGUUUAUUUUAUCGAUCAUUUCGUUCCUUGUGUUUGUGAUAUGAUUUUCGAUAACAUGUAGCACAAAUAUUUAUUUAUUUAUUCAUUAUUUCUUCAAAAAAUGUUUGAUUGUGUUUUAAUACCUCUUCCUACAAGUCCCGAAACACCCUGUAGAUAUUUAUCAACUGACGUGCUUUUUUAAUUUUGUAUUUAUUUUUAAUAACCGUAUUAUCGUACGCCUCUGUGUUCCGGCUGAGACGCCCAAACCCUCACCAACCAGAAAACAUCGAAAUAAAAAUCAUUACGAAAUCAGCGUCUUCCUGUAUCCCCCACACGAACCCAGGGUAGUGCGCAUGCAUUUUCCCCAACUGACCUAACCUAAAAGUGGCGUGAUUCCGGCUCUAUUAUACCCUGUCGUUAAAUUACCCAGCGAUUGUCGCGUUAAGCUUAAUUUAGAACUAUUAGUUUUUAUCCGGUUGUCUCAGAAGGUACCCACCGAGUGUUAUUUGUUUUAAGUACUUUCUGUCGGCUAUAAAUCAACUCUAAAUAUCACAAUGGUUGACGAAUUUUUGGGUAAAAAAUACAAGCUCAACUCCAGCGAAAAUUUCGAUGAUUUUAUGAAGGAGCUGGGUGUGGGUUUGGUCACUCGUAAAAUGGGCGGAGCUGUAUCACCCGUAGUUGAUUUGGUGAAAGAAGGUGAUCAAUACGUUCUAUCGUCCAAUUCGACAUUUAAGAACGUCGUUCUUAAGUUUACUCCUGGAGUGGAAUUUGAUCAAGAAACUCCAGACGGUCGUAAAGUAAAAUCCACAAUUACCAUUGACGGGAACACCCUUCAUGAAGUCCAAAAGGACCCCAACGGUAAAGAUACAACCAUAGACAGGACUUUCACAGCCGAUGAAAUCAAAAUGGUUAUGUCCGUGAAUAAUGUCACCGCCACCAGAAUCUACAAAGCUCAAGCCUGAUAAAAACUGUUUUUUUGAAUAAAUUAUUAUAUUUUAAAAUGUUUUAUAGGCAUUGAUAAUUAACUGUACCAAUAUAAUUUUAUAUUUUUUAUUAUGCCAUUUUAAAUUUAUGUAUUCAAUGCAUAUAAUCAUAAAAAUUAUAAUUAAAAA